AUGAUUCAUUUUGACAAGAAGCCAGUAAUACUUCGGCCUUGGUCAUCAGAUGUUGAGUCUAUAAGGUCAGUAAAAUCUGUCCCUGUUUGGAUUCAAUUACCUGGUCUCAGGUUGCAAUAUUGGGUUGUUAAUUGUUUGAGUGCUCUAGUUAGCACGAUUGGCACUCCUAUCAUGGUGGACAAGGUCACAAAAGCUAGAAUUAUGAUCAAAUUUGCUAGAAUCUUAGUUGAUAUGGAAAUUGCCGAACAUCUCCCAAUGCAUAUCCAUUAUCUAAAUGAGAGAGGUCAGAUUAUGGAGCAUUCCAUUGAGUAUGAGUGGCUACCAACUAAGUGUUCUAUUUGUAAGAAGUUGGGUCAUUCUGCUACUGUCUGUAAGCAUGCCCCAACUGCUAUAAAGAAGAUCACAGAGGCUUCAAACCAGGCUAAUCCAGCUGAUAAUAAAGCAAGUGAUAUUGCUGCUGAUGCCCAGAAUAACAGCUCCCAGAAUAAGCAAGAAUCUCUUGAGGUGCCUAGGCAUGUAGAUGCUCUAUCAGUACCUAGUGGAUCCAAAUGGGUUACCCCUCGAAAGUCUGGGAUGAAAAAACUUGUUGAUAAUCUACAGCUUGAUCUGCAUAGGAACUCUUUCAGUAUUCUGCAGCAAGCAGUUCUUGAUGUUUGCAGGAUGAAAAAAAUUGGUCUUGGAGCUCUAAUUGAAACAAAAUUAAAAGGGGACAGAAUAAGGGAUCUUAUGAACUCUUCGUUUGCUGGUUGGAAGUUUUAUAGUAGUUCUGUGGUGGAGGGGCGUAUUUUUCUCAUCUGGAAAGCUCACAUGGUGAAGGUUGAAAUUAUUCAGGAAACUACUCAGCUACUACACUGUAGAGUUUAUUUGAUUGGUGUGAACUUGGCUUAUUACCUCUCGGUUGUCUAUGGCUCUAAUCAAUUGGAGACAAGGAAAACUUCAUGGUCUGACUUAGCUACUGUUCAGAGACCGGUUACCCCUUGGAUUAUUAUGGGAGACUUUAAUGAUGUCUUCCAUGUUGAUGAUCGUCUUGGUGGAAGACCUAUUUCUGUUAAAGAGAUGGAGGAUGCUCGUCAAUGGUUGGCUUUGGGAGAGAUUGAUGUCUUCCCAUUAGCUUUAACAUAUGCUCAAUGGGAUGUGGUUUCUGACCAUUGCUAUUUGCUGAUUAAACAAGGGGAUUUCCUUAGUUUGGGAGUGAAACCUUUUCGGUUUUACAAUAUGUGGGAAGUUCAUGCAAAUUCAAGGAAAUUGUUCUUCAGAACUGAGGAGAUCAAAUCUAAAUACAAGCAGGCCCAAAGUGCUCUCUGUUCUGAUCCUUUAAAUGCUGAGUUACUGUCAAAAGAAAAACAUGUGCAGCAGGAUUACUUCAGGCAUGAGAAGGUUUAUGCUAGUUUUCUUCGUCAAAAAAGCAAGAUUACUUGGCUCAGGUUUGGUGAUGAAAAUUCCUCGUUUUUUCAUGCAAGCUUGAAACAGAGGCAUAAUUCUAAUUGCAUUAUUUCUUAUAUUGAUGAUAAUGGAUGUUUUGUGGAUAAUUAUGCUAAGGUUGUUGAUCAUUAUUUUUACCACUUUAAGACUCAUUUGGGCAAUACUAGCAGGGCUAUAGGUCAGAUUGAUCCCGAUUGUAUUAAAUAUGGUCCUUUUCUGAGUUUGGAUGACCACCUGCACUUAAUAAAGCCUUUUACUUACCAAGAAGUUUGCUCAGCUAUGUUUAGUAUUAAUUCAGUCAAAAGUCCUUCCUCGGAUGGCUAUGGAGCAGGAUUCUUCAAAUCUCUUUGGAAGGAUAUAGGCAAGGAAGUUUUUGUGGCUGUUUUAGACUUCUUUACCUCAGGCAGAAAUCCCCCAUUGCUUAAUGAUACUAUCCUAUCUCUCAUCCCGAAAGUAGACCAGCCAUCAAAUGCUACUGAAUACAGACCUAUAGCUUGUUGCAACUCUAUUUACAAAUGCAUUUCGAAAAUGCUUUGCAACCGGCUGGCAACGGUUCUUCCUUCUCUGAUUAAUCUAAAUCAGGGAGCCUUUAUAAAAUAG